UCUGUCAAUGUCGACUUGUGCUGUUUUAAUGGUUUUGUAGAAAGUAUUGUUCUGGGUAGCAAAUAAGAGGUCUGUCAGGGUUUGUUAUUGUUUCGCCAGCUGGCCUCUGUCGGCGUAGCUAGCAAGAUUAGCUAACCGGCCAGCUAGCCUGCUAACGUGGCUAACUUUGAUGCUUAGCCUGGACGCCGGUAGAGGAACACGAUUUAUAACCUUACCGGUAGCAUAACACCUUUGGGUGGACAAGUGUUUCUAAAUUUGCUUUUUGUGAUUACGGGCAGACGAAAACCAUUCUUUAGCUAACGCUAGCUAGCUACUAUACUUGCUAAGUGUCCUUGUAAGUCGCAGCCCUGCAUUCCAAAAAGGAAGACGAGUACUUCGCCAUGAGCUCCGAUGGGGACGGUGACAUGGAGAAUCAGGCUGAGCUGGAAGAAAAGACUAGGCUUAUAAACCAGGUGUUGGAGCUUCAGCACACUCUAGAAGACCUGUCGUCGCGUGUGGACGCAGUGAAGGAGGAGAACCUGAAGUUGAAGUCUGAGAACCAGGUUCUGGGUCAGUAUAUCGAGAACCUCAUGUCUGCCUCCAACGUGUUCCAGACCACUGACACCAAGAGCAAACGAAAGGGCUCUAAGGGUGCCCGGAAGGACAAAUGAGGCACAGCCACCUUUUGAGUUUUGACAUUCUGCAUCUCAUUGUCAGGUCAUGCUGUAAAUGUAUCUGUUGAAAUGUAAAGGUAUUGUAUGUCAGCAGCUAACAAGGCUCAGUAUCUCACAACAAUCUGGAACAUGUUCUUAUAGUUAACAUUAUAUUUCAAAUUCUGGCACACUCUGCUGGGGCCUGUUGUAGCCUGAUAUUCAGUUGACAUACAAAUCCCUAGAUUGAAGGUCAUUCCCUUUUUAAGGUCAAUCCAUUGAAUUGGAUAAGAGGAAUUUCUCUGGGAGAUUCUCAAUUUGGAAAAAGUCUGUCCUCUCCUCAAAUCCUCAGUCCUCCAUGAGCUGGAAACUGAUUAGUGGAGGAGUUUGCCCUUCUCCUUGAUUGCCUCCUCCAGCUGAUGAUACCCGGAUGUAUUCUCCCACCGGCUAACGAGGAAGUGUUUUCAAAUCCGGAGGAGAGGAAAACUAAUUAAGAAUCUCCCCAUAUAUGCUCCAUAGAAGUGAUUGUUGAGUUGACCCAGCUGCUAUACUCGUGCAGUAGUAGUGCCCCUGCUGGGGAACAUUAGCUGUGACCUGACUGAGCAAAUGCUACUCAUCAACUUGGUCACAUCUGUGAAUAUAAGUACGUCAGUAAUGUCAGACAAUGUUCUUGUUUGUAGAGAGUGGAGGUAACCUGUGUUUUUUGUCUGCUGUAAGGGUUGGGAAAAAAUGAGAAUUUGCCAAGCAGUUAAAUUCUUAUACACAUUCAAGAACGCUUUCAUGUUUGUUCUUUAUUAACAGCACAUAGUAACACAUGUACUGUAUAUACAUUUAGAGUGGCUGCUCUCCAGUGAUGUCCAUUGAAACUAGCAGUUCAGUACCAGAAACACAACAGAAGAUUUACAUAGAAAUCCACCUUUGGCAAAAAAGCUACUUGAGGAAUGAACAUGAUCUACAGCAUUUUGGCCAGAGACAUGAACUCACACACACUAUUACUAUUAUUAUUAUUGACACAAACAGUGUCAAUAAUACACUAAUACAAAUAAUUGCACCAGUCCAUAAUUUUUCUCACACACAACACAGUACAUUGCAUCCAUUACUCACCGAGGAUAUCAAUCCAUUCACCUCUCACUGAACCUAUCUUUCUUACACGAUCAUAGCCGUGUACAUGUUAAUCAUGUUUUCCCUCUAGAGAACUGAGACUAAAGCCACAGCUGAAAGCUGGUGCCCAGUACACAGUCUUCCACAAAUGUAGAAGUGCUCAAGUUGAUUGACAAACUCAU